CUCGACAUCGCGUUCGCAUGAAUCCCCGGCUAUGAAUCCGCGAAUCCGCUACACGAACGUCAACAAACCCUCGUGGAUGUUGGUGUCGUCCACCAUGAAGGGGUCGGGCGCUGAUUUUGCUCACUCUCAGCUGGAGAAAUACGGGUGGAAAGAAGGAAAAGGAUUGGGAAAAGAAGAGAAGGGAAAUACAGAACCAUUGAAAGUUAAACUAAAGUUCGAUAACACUGGAAUUGGGCAUGAUGUUGGAGAAGAGUUCAAAUUCCACUGGUGGGACCAUGUGUUCAACAAAGCUGCUAAGAAUAUGUCAGUUGAUGAUAAGAAUGGGUCAGUGGAGAUCAUCAGGACAGAAGACUUACAAGUGAGCAAAAAACUAUCAGCAAAGAUGAAUAUGUAUAAUGGUUUUGUUAAGGGUGGGACUCUACAUAAAUCAGAAAUAUUGAAAGAUUCAGACAGUGAUUCAGAUGAAUCUGUAGAACGUGAUUUGUCCCACAAACUUACAGAUGAGGAGUUGUUUAAGCUCUGUGGAGGUCGUACAGCGCACAAAGGAGCACGUCAUGGCCUGAGCAUGUCAGCCAAAUUAGCAAGAGUGCAAGAGCAGAGCAAAAGCUGAUGGAAAAGUGGAAAAACACAGAAGAAGAACACACCAGACUGCUGACAGAGAAAUGUCAAACAGUCAGGAAGAGAAGAAGAAGAAAAAGAAGAAGAAAAAAUCAAAGAUGGAUACACAGAUGGAAGAAUCACUCGUCACAGAAGAGGUGGAAGUUCCAGAGGAAGAUGUAUCACUUGCUGCAGUUGGUGAAGGAGCAGAAGGGAAAAAGAAGAAAAAGAAAAAGAGCAAAGACAAAGACCCCUCAGAAAAUGAUGGGAUGGAUGAGACCGUAAGUAGCAUACCAGAAGAGGAAGCCGAGGGAACUCACAAAACCAAAAAGAAGAAAAAAUGAAAAAGGUAGACAGAAUGAAGAAUGCCCUCCAGUUGCGGAAAUCAUCACAGACAUUCAGGUGAAAAAGAAGCACAAAAAAUCAAAGUAUGUCCAGAGAGAUCCUGAAGAGGAACCAAAUUUCUAUGAGAAAGAAAAUAUGCAAGCAGAAGUAAAUGCAAAAGUUCAAAGCAGUGAAGA